UCAUGGAUUUAUAGUGUCAAAUUCCAACUCUUAACGGAAAAAAAGAAGUCAAAAACUUAGAACAAAUUGGGCUUUGGUGUUGGGCUUCUAUUCUGCCUCUUCUACCUCUGUAAUUCACCUCUGUAACAGCCGUGAUCGGUGAACCCAGUCACAAAACCUAACAAUUUCCUCCUUCGUGUACCUCUUCUUCUCCUCUCAAACUUCCAUACAAUCGUGGCCUAAUUAAAUCUUUAAACACCAGAAAAUUUUAAGAUUAUUUUGAAUAUGGCAUACAUGAAAUUAAUUGAAUUUAAACAUUAAUGCAAACGAUUACUACUUCAUCUUAUUCAACUGAGCUUAGUCUCUCUUCUCUAAAUGCGUUCUCUUAUUAUGGAUUUGAGAAGAAUCUCCAUUAUCAAACCCACCUUUUUCUUCUCUUCCUUCCGCCGCCCUAUUCGCUCAGUUUCUCCGCCAUUUCCGCCAUUGGAGCAACGUCAAGAUCAAACCCAGAAAGUUGAUGGGAGUUUACUGAAAUGGGUUUCCUCUGUUUUGUCAAACCCAUCUCUGGAUUCUUCUAAAUGUAAAGAUAUUCUAACCCUUCUAUCCCCUUCUCAAUUUGAUCGUGUUUUUUCUGAGGUUAAUUCAUUGGUUAAUCCGAAUACUGUGUUGCGUUUCUUUUAUUUUGGGAUUGAAUCAUGUGGGUAUUCUUUUAGUGUAAAAUCUUAUUGUGCUUUGAUUCGUUUGCUUGUUGGGUCGGAUUUUUCUGAGUCUGCUAGGUUGUUGUUGAUUCGUUUGAUUGAUGGGAAAGUUCCCACGUUUUUUGACAAGGAAUGUAGGGAUAGACAUUUUGAGAUUGCUAAUGCUUUGGUUGAUUUGAAUGUUGGAUUGGAGAAGUCGAUUGGUAAUCGUACAUUCGAUAUGUUGGUUCAUGUUUAUUGCACUCAGAUUAAGAAUGCCGGUUAUGGUUUAGCUUUCGAUGUGUUUAAGGUCAUGGCGGGGCGGGGAGCUUUUCCGUCUUUGAGGACGUGUAAUUUCCUUAUGAGCUCGCUCGUUAAGGCUGGUGAGCUCCAAAGGAGUUACGAGGCGUUUGAAAUCAUGCAAAUAGGAGUCGUGCCCGAUGUGUUUUUGUUUACCUCGGCGAUCAAUUCGUUUUUCAAAGGUGGGAGGGUUAAGGAUGCGAUUGGGUUGUUUGCAGAGAUGGAGAAGCUAGGGGUUUCACCUAAUGUUGCGACUUACAACAAUGUUAUUCAUGGACUUUGUAGGUGUAGAGAUUUGGACGAGGCGUUCCGAUUUAAAGAGAGGAUGAUAAAGAAUGGUAUGAGGCCGAAUGUUGUAACUUAUGGAGCUCUAAUUAACGGUUUGGUGAAGGUUGAGAAAUUUGAUGAAGCAAAUCACUUACUACAAGAAAUGUCAGAGAAAGGUUUAGUUGCUAAUGAGAUUGUUUAUAACUCAUUAAUUGAUGGGUAUUGUAGAGUAGGAAAAGUUGGGGAGGCCUUGAGAGUAAAAAAUUUUAUGCUGUCAAGGGGAGUUAGUCCGAAUUCUUCGACCUUUCAUUCGCUUCUACGUGGCUUUUGCCAGAGUAAUAUGGCAGAGCAGGCUCAGUCUUUAAUGCAGGAGAUGCUGUCAAGAGGUUUGCCUGUAAAUAUAGGUGCUUUUAAUUCUGUCAUUCGUAGUAUUUGUGUUAAUGGUACAUUGGAUUCUGUCUGGUGCAUCGUUGAAGAGAUGCUAUCUAGAAAUUUAAGACCUAAUGAUAGCCUGCUUACCACGAUAAUGGUCAGGAGUUGUAAAGAGGGAAAACAUACACAGGGUGUUGAAAUUUGGUUUAGGCUUUUGGAAAAAGGGUUUGCACCAAAUAUAGCGACUUCAAAUGCUCUAAUUCACGGACUUUGUGAAGCAGGUAUUAUGCAUGAAUCUGCUAGGAUCCUCAAGGAAAUGAUUAAAAGGGGUUGUGUAUUGGAUAGAAUCACAUAUAAUACCCUCAUAUCAGGUUGUUGUAAAAAUGGCAAGUUGGAUGAAGCUUUUAGUUUAAGAGAAGAUAUGGAAAGGCUCGGUAUUCGACCCGACACUACUACGUACAAUUUCCUACUGCAUGGUCUGUGUAAUGUCCAUAAAAUGGAUGAAGCCAUGAAGCUUUGGGAUGAGUGCAGAAGUAAUGGAAUAGUUUCAAAUAUUUAUACAUAUGCAGUUAUGAUCGAUGGGUAUGGCAAGGCCGAAAAGAUCGAGGAGGCAGUCAAUCUUUUCAAAGAGCUGGUUGCUCAGAAAUUGGAGCUAAACUCGAUUGUAUACAAUUCACUUAUAUCAGCAUAUUGUAGAACAAACAAUAUGGUUGAGGCUUUUCAACUUCGCGAUGAUAUGAGAAGCAAAGGCAUUAUGCCAACUUGUGCCACAUAUUCCUGUCUAAUAGAUGGACUGGCCAACACUGGCAAUAUCGAGGAAGCUAGGAGUCUUCUUGAAGAAAUGAUCAAGGAAGGUCUGACUCCUGAUGUUGUUUGCUAUACUGCCUUAAUGGGGGGUUACUGUAAGCUUGGUCAGAUGGUUGAGGCGGAGGCUAUCUUGCAGGAGAUGUGCUCGAAUGGCAUACAUCCCAACAAAAUCACCUAUACAAUUAUGAUUAAUCACUGUUCUAAAAUGGGUGAUGCCGUAAGGGCAUCUAAGCUUCUUGAGAAAAUGUUUCAGGAUGGAAUUCUUCCUGAUAAUGUUACAUAUAAUGCUUUGACCAGUGGAUUGUGCAAGGAAGGGAAGUUGGAAAAAGCAUUUGGAGUGACUGAUAGUAUGAUACAACAGGGAAUUCCUUUGGAUGAAGUAACAUAUACAACCUUGAUCCAUGGGUUGCCGCAGCCUCUGGCACUUACAAACCAAGAAUGAUUAAGAAGAAUCCUGGAAUUCCUAAAUGAUUGCUUAUUUGCCAUGGAAGCUUGAUCUUGGUGAAUCUUUAUAGAGUUCUUCAAGCCUUAAGGUGUAUUAAAUGCACAUGCUCUAGAGGACUUGUCACAUCAUGAUAUAAAGGAAAGGAACAAGCAAUGAUCUUGUUACUCAGUCUAUGCUGUCAUGAUGUUUCCAAAGAAGGUUAUGUUCGAUUUUUGACUGGUGCAAAGUUCAACUAAUCUACUUUUGCAUUUGCCAUGUUAAUGCACAGAUUGCAUUUGAAACAAACGGAACUUGUUUCAAAGCAUUGGCAUUGAGAAGUAGAUGGGAAGAUAGACUACAGGCUGCUAUCUGGGAUUUGUUUGGUCCCUCCUGAACUACUAAGGAUAGUAGUCAUGGACUCAUUGGGACUCAUUGGUUUGCAAUUGCAGUUAAGAAGCCACAUUCAGAAUUUCUUUGGUUUCUAAAUUGCAAUCAACAUAGAGGGGAGCUCAAGGUGCUCAGAGCACACAUGGCUUGGAAGGUUGUAUCUGCGCACAAGGUUCUUGAAUGCAGGCUUUUUUAUGAAUGGCAGGGUCCUACACUCCGUAGGAAAUACGAGGCCCAGUUUCUCUCAGCUGUUGGUGCAUGUAUUUAAAGCUCGUUGAGAUCCAAAAUCACGAGGCUCCAAAGUUGCAUAGUGUAUCAAGCCUUUUUCAACUGGAGGCAGAAGGGUGGUGCCUUUGCAUUGCACAUAUAUGGCAAGACAAGUUAAAUUUUUGUGGCUGGAAAGCCAAGGCUUGAUUUAGCUACCUAGACAGAGUUAUGGGUCAAUGCGCUAGCUACAUUGAAGAGGUUGAUUUCCAUUUUUGAACCAUUUUUUGUUUAUUGUUGUGUUUACACAACAAUAAAUAGAAAAAGAAAGUAGAAUAUAGCUCAAUAAAGAAUUAGAAGAUUAUUUAAUAGAUCAAGGAACAAUAAUCAAUUGUUCUAUGAGAAGUAAUUAAUAUGCCAAUUUCCAUCAGCCUAGAACCAUUGCAAAUUUUUUUAGGUGCUCCCAAGUGCACCUAAAACUAUGUGCUCCUCAUAUUUUUAACUAUGUGGUUACAAACACUUUUUGCACAUUUUUUGCUCGAAUAUGUAACCUGUAAAAAAUGCGAAAAAGUGAGAGAGCAUCUAGUUCUAAGUGUUCUCAGUAUUUUCAAUUACCAAACUCCUGUCAGAUUAAUUCUUUGUUAGUCCAUUUUUGAGUGACUUUCUAAUUCUUUUUAUAUUCUUACUACUUAAGUGCUCAACAGCACAUUAUACUUUAUAGUAAUAUUCUUUCUCUUGA